GUGGAUGAAUCCGGAGUUUAUGGUAGACAUGAUGAAAAAGAAGCGAUCAUGGAGUUGCUGAACCCAGAAUAUGCAACUGCAAAUCAGAUCGAUGUGAUUCCAAUAGUGGGUAUGGGCGGGGUUGGUAAAACCACCCUUGCACAAUUCAUCUACAAUGACAAGAGAGUGGAGGAAUGGUUUGAUGUCAAAGCAUGGGUGUGUGUUUCAGAGGAAUUUGAUGCCUUAAGGGUAACCAAAACCAUUCUUGAAGAAAUCACUUCCAGCAGUGAUGGUAGUCAGAACCUAAAUCAGCUUCAGCUUAAACUAAAGGAGAAGCUGUUGGGAAAAAAGUUUCUAUUUGUUUUGGACGAUGUUUGGAACGAGAAAUACGUUGAUUGGGAAGAGUUGAGAAGUCCUUUCAAUUCUGGGGCGAAAAACAGCAAGAUUGUUGUAACAACACGUAAUCAAGAGGUUGCACGCAUUAUGGGGACUGUUCCAACUUAUCAUCUUAAUGUCUUAUCUGAUGAGGAUUGUUGGUUGUUAUUUGCAAAACAUGCAUUUGUUAAUACAAGCCCAAGCAUGCCUCCUAAUUUGAAGGAAAUCGGUGAAGCAAUUGUCAAAAGAUGCAAAGGCCUCCCUUUAGCAGCAAAAACACUCGGAGGUCUGCUUCGUUGUAGAACAGAUGUUGAGGAUUGGAAUAAAGUAUUGUUGUGGAAAUUCAGUUUGUGGGACAUAACAGAUGAUAUUCUUCCAGCACUCAGAUUAAGUUAUUAUUAUCUUCCUUCCCAUUUAAAGCGUUGCUUUGCAUAUUGUUCACUUUUUCCUAAAGAUUAUGAAUUCAGAAAGGAAGAACUCAUUCGGUUAUGGAUGGCUGAAGAUCUUUUAGCAUAUUCCAGAGAAGUUGUAAAUAUGGAGGAUCGGGGUAAUGAGUAUUUCAAAGAUUUAACAUCUAGGUCAUUUUUUCAACAAUUAAGUGGGAAUAAGUCUUGCUUUGUCAUGCAUGACUUAAUUAGUGACUUAGCAAAAUCUGUAUCCGGAGAAUUCAUUUGUAGAUUGGACGGUGGUGAUAGAUUUUCAUGUAAAAUAACUAAAAGGACCCGUCAUUUCUCUAAUGUCCAAGAAGAAUACGAUAUACUUAAAAGAUUUGAGGCUUUAGCUAAAGCAAAAGGUUUGCAUACAUUCUUAACUUUAGAGUCAUGGGCAUGGGGUUGUUAUGUUACCAAUGCGAUAAUGGAUGAUUUGAUUAUAAAAUUUAGAUCCUUACGAGUGCUUUCUUUGGCUCAUUAUCAUAAUAUCGAUGAGUUAUCAGAAGAAAUUAGAAAAUUAAAACAGCUACGUUAUUUGGAUCUAUCUGAAACUUCAAUUGAAAGGUUGCCUAACUCUUUGACUACAUUGUAUAAUUUGCAAAUAUUACUCUUAUUUGAGUGCGAAAAGCUUGUUGAGUUGCCUGAAGAUGUGGGAAGGUUGAUCAACAUGCAUCAUCUUGAUAUCAGGGGUACCAAGUUAGUAAGGAUGCCACCAAGAAUGGAUAAAUUGAAAGAUCUUCAAAUAUUAACAGAUUUUGUUUUGGGUGAGCAAAAAGGUUCAAGCAAAAGUGAGUUGGGAAAGCUCAAGAAUCUACGUGGAAGACUUGCCAUUUCAAAUUUACAAAAUGUUGUUUGCCAUAGGGAUGCCAAAGAUGCCAAUUCGAAAGAGAAGAUCAACCUUAGGGAGUUGGAGUUGAAAUGGAGUGAGGAUUGUCAUACUAAUGAUGAUUCAAAGCAUGAUAGAGAAAUACUUGAACAACUGGAGCCUCACACAAACUUGGAGCAUCUUGCUAUUGAGUUUUAUAGAGGUACAAGAUUCCCGGAAUGGGUAGGGCAUUCUUCCUUCUCGAAUCUAGUAUCUUUGCACUUGAGGGGUUGUAAAUUUUGCUUGUUCUUGCCUCCGCUUGGGCGAUUAUCAUCUUUGAAGUCUCUCUCCAUAAGUGGGUUUUCUGAAGUAGUAACAGUGGGUGAUGAAUUCUAUGGGCAGGGUGAUGCUUCGAGGAAACCAUUUGGAUCUCUUGAAAUUCUAAGUUUCGCAGAUAUGUCAGAGUGGGAAGAAUGGUUUUGCUUGAAUGACGGAGCUUUCCCUCUUCUCCAAGAGUUAUACAUAGAAGAUUGUCCCAAGUUAACCAAGUCUUUGCCCAAACACCUCCCUUCUUUAAUGAAACUAAAGGUUGUGAGAUGUGGGAAGCUUGGAGGCUUGCUUCCAAGGGCACCAAGCAUGUCCGAACUUGACUUACAGGAAUGCGAUGCAUUGCAAUGGGAGCCAUUUCCUUGUGGGCUUCGAAAUUUGAAGAUAUCUCAGUUGAAUAUAAACGAUUCGAAUAUCAAUGAUUCCAUAUUGGAACAGAUGGUGAGACACUGCACUCAUCUUGAAAAGUUGGAAAUGUGGUAUUGUUAUGGCCUCAAAUCUCUUCCUGAAGGUAGUCUACCUACUACGCUAAAGGAAUUGCGGAUCAAUCAUUGUAAUGCGUUGGAUUAUUCCAAAAUCCUCUUGUAUACAUCCCUUGAACGCUUAGACGUAAGAGACCACAGCGAUCAUCCACUGGAAUCUUUCUCAAUAGGAUCAUUACCUAAGCUAAAUAGUCUUCAAAUCUUCUCAUGCGAAGGCUUGAAGUGGAUUCGAAUAGGUUCAUUACCUAAGCUAAAUAAUCUUUGUAUCAAGUCAGAUAAAGACUUGAAGUCAAUUCUUGCUUUAGAGGGCCCUCACCAGCAUCUCCCAUGUCUCAAUGAUUUGUCAAUCCAUUGGUGCCCUAAUUUUAUAUCUUUUCCCGAAGAGGGUUUUUCUGCCACCAAUUUAACAUCACUUUAUCUUUUCGAUUGCAAAAAUUUGAAGUCAUUGCCUGAGCAAAUGCAAUCCCUCUUUCCAUCCCUUGUGUUAUUGUCAAUAUUCAAGUGUCCAGAAAUUGAGUCAUUUCCAAAAGAGGGUUUACCCUCCAAAUUAAAAAAUAUUACAAUUGGAAGAAGUGAAAAGCUAAUUGCGGGCAGGAAGGAUUGGGGUUUGGAAACACUCCCUUCACUUACAACCUUCCGAAUCCUUGAGGCAGAAGAGAUAGAGUCUUUUCCAGAUGAACAUCUGCUGCCCUCUACUCUUACCCAUCUUUUCAUAUGCAAUCUUCGAAAUCUUAAGUUUUUGGACUACAAGGGCUUUCAACAUCUCACCUCUCUUCGCGAAUUGCGUAUCUCAAAAUGUCCAGAGCUCCAAUCCAUGCCGGUAAAGAGGCUCCCCAUUCCUAUCAUUUGGAUUGACGAUGAACUCAUUAUGAAAGAGGCCCUUUUGGCAUAAUUAAUGCAAUCUCACUCAGGCUGCUGGCACCUUACUUCUAGCUGUUGGUUGCAAAUUCUAGUUGAUGAUUGUCAUCCAAAUGAAGUUCCUCUUGCAUGAUUUGUCUUAGCCUGUAGCUUCAGGAGCUCAUUUUUCUAUCCAAGAAUCCUCUCCAUGAAAAAUUAUAUAAAGUUUCACUGCUUUGCAUCAAGCACCGCAUUUUUCAUUUCAAAUUUGGAUAUUUGCUAGCUAGAGCAACAACAAGGAUGUGCACAGAUUUCAAACCAAUAAAGAACAAGGACUUCAACCCUUUCCUUCUCUUGUACAGUAUUUGAUCGGCAACUGCCAUAUUCUCUAGUUCAUACCAGAGGCACUGUCUUCCUUACCAUGUUUCAAUCAGUUUAAGAGCUUCUCAAACAAAAAGGGCGACUGCUCCUUUUGGAAGAUCUUUCUCUUUGAGGGUUUUCCUAACUCCUUGGUAGUGACUAUGGAUCCUAAGCUAAUCGAGGUGUUGCCCUUUUGAUGAAACUUGAAAGUGAUGCAUUCAGGCAUUUUGUGGGUUAACUUCCAAUUGCAGCAAUCCAUGAAAUUGGAGUUGGUUGAAUCUUAUUCACUACUUUUUUAGGGAAUGCUUUGUUGUUUGCACAAGGUGAAAAAUUAGAGAUUUACAAUGCUCCCAACUCAAGGAACUAUUAGUGUCAUUCCUAUGAAGAGGUGGAUAGCUCCCUAAUUCACUCUGGAAUCUUCUCUCUUCUUCCACACUGUCCUGAACACUAACUAGGACAAAUCUGCACAAGGUGAAAAUGAGGGAAUGCAAUAUUCCCAAGUCAGGGAACUAGUAUGGUGUCAUUCCUAUGAAGAGUUGGAUAGCUCCCUAAUUCACUCUGAUCAUAUCUGUUACAUAUCUUAUGAUUUCUUACCAGGUAUUUUAUCUUUAUGUUGCCAAAUUUUAGGGGUUUUGUAUUAGCCACUGUGGUAAACAAGCACGGUAUCAUUCUCAAAUUUCUUGCAAUCUUUCUGAAGACUUGCUGGCGUGUUCUGUUUAACACAUUUCUCUUAUUAUUCUAAAUUAAAAAGUUGAAGAAAGAGAAGCCAUGUUUUAAGAUGGUAACCUAACUUGGUAGUCUUUUGUUUUGUUUUAAAUUCAGCCUAUACAAUGGAUCAAGAAACUUUUCUCAGUAAUUGAUUAUUAUGCAUCACUAACGAAAUUUUAUUUACAUACAUUCCCGUGUUUUUUUUUAGAAAAAUGGAAGAUAUAUUGCUGAACUUUUGAUGCAUAUAACAUGUUAUAACUUGUUACAAAAAUAUUUCAAAUUUUAAGUUACAUGCAUUACAGAAAACUGCAGCUUGAAGAAACGUCACCAUUAUCUAUGAGGACUACCAUUCGGUUGUCUUUCAGAACUUCAUAUUUUCUUCUAUCAACAUGCACACAUUCCUGUGUUAACAUGAAAAUAUUGUCCUUUGCUUCAUGCAAAUUAGGAGAUUUAGUUUGUUUCACUUCUGAAUUCAUUUGGUAUUCUUUCGUUGACUUUGUUGUAUAUUCAUUUGUGCAUUUAUAGGUUGUGCACAGAGAAGAAGUGCAAUAGGCCUCCAUUCACUGAAGUGAGAAAGGCAAAGAAUAUUGGCAUCAAGUACUUGCGAAACAAGCUUUAGUUGUCAAAAUGGAGAAAAUUGACUAUGAAUUGCUUAGUUCUCCUUAAUAUCAUGGCAUCAAGAGGGAGAGUGGCAAGAUUUCACCCAAUUCUCUGUAAAAUUUACAACCUUGUGAGCAAAUGACUAAAGUUGGACAGAGCUUUUCAAGUUAUUGAGAUGUACUAUCAAAGUUUGAAGAAGGUCCAGUAUCUCAGAAACAUGAUGAAGGCAGGAUAUCAUGUCCAGUAUAUUCUUCUCUUGGUCUUCCACUAAUGGACCUACAAAGCUAUGUACAAGAAAUCAAAUGCAGAUAUAGGCACCAAUUACAUGAAAAUUUUGAGUGGUCUACUACUGGCUACAGCUGGAGGUUGAAUGUCUUUGCAGCAAGUUCAGGAUGCUUCAUUUCAAAUUUGGGCUUUGUCAAAGCAAUAUAGAGGAUGAUCAUACAUUACUGGUAGACUUCAAGUUGGUGGACGAUAAGGAAAUCAACUCCACGUCAAUAACAACUACAUCAUCCAGUCCAUGCCAGGCAGGCAUUUUGAAACGCAAGUAGUGCUCAACACAUUCAACAGAAAGGAGGGAUAGGAAAGUAAGGAAGAAGGCCUUUCAAUACGCAUUCUGUAUGCAUGUAUGGGCAAAAUCCUGUUCUUAUACAUGAUAAGGUCUGGUGGUCAGUAAUGUUUGUUUGAAGUCAGGUGUGAAUUGCAUGCUGCGUUUUACCCGUACAAUUACAUUUUUCUUUCCCUGUUCAAUUGUUAAUUGCAUGUACAGUUUUGGCAACAUCAUGGCCCAAAUGACUCUACAUAGUUGGAGCUUUGAAGACAUUAUCUUGUAUUAUCAUUGUUUUUCAUCCAUUCAAAUGCAGUUUUUUCUAUUAUCUUUAUUUA